AUGUCCGCCUCUGGUGGCUGUCCCAUCCUGUGGCUUGUCCACCCCAACUUUGUUAUGCCCCUGCUCAAGGCCCCAGAGCUGGGCCUAGAACACAGGUCUCCUGACUCCCAGCUCUGGGGGCUUGAUGUCUUGAUAGGAACAGCUUCCACUCCCACUCAAGCUUUGGGCUUCCUUGGGGAUGGUUGCCUAGGGCUUAGACCAAGAGACAGGGUCUGGGGGAGUGCAUCUUGGUGUUUGGGGUUGGAGAGGGGCUCUGGGGAGGCAAUACCCAGCCCAAGCUCUGCCCUCUUCUCAGUCCAGGCCAAGUGGCAGCACUUGGUCUCAGAGGGCCACACCCGUCUGGACAUGUUUGAACACAUCAGCCUCAUGACUCUGGACAGUCUGCAGAAAUGUGUCUUCAGUUUUGACAGCAACUGCCAGGAGAAACCCAGUGAAUACAUUGCUGCAAUCUCCGAGCUCAGUGCCCUGGUGACAAAACGGAAUGAGCAGAUCUUCCUGCACAAGGACUUUCUAUACUACCUCACCCCCGAAGGGAGGCGCUUCUGCAAGGCCUGCCGCCUGGUGCACGACUUCACAGAUGCCGUCAUCCAGGAGCGGCGUCGCACCCUCAUUAGUCAGGGUUCCCAAGACUUCCUUAGGGCCAAGGCUAAGGCCAAGACUUUGGACUUCAUUGAUGUGCUCCUGCUGGCCAAGGUAGGCUUCUCUGGGAUCUAAAUUCAAGAGGUAGGUAGACUGGAUCUUGA